GGCAUUGGUACACUAGCAGCCUACACUCAGCAGCAAGCAAAUUCUUAAACAGCUGGCAGGUGGUGCCUCUGUUGCUUGUGCUGCCCUGAUCAUUGUGCAUUAUUUUUCUUGUGAUAUCUAUUGAGUAUUGAAAUUGAGAUUGAGAUGUAGAUUUUAAUAUUCUUGAGUUAUUUUGUUUUUCAAUUACUUGAUUAUUCGAGUGAUUGAUCACGGUAAAGUUCUAGAAAUCUCCUGUGUGCUCCUUCAAACUUGCGUGGCAUGAUAUAACUCAGUUUUUCCAAAAAAGAUGAAAAUGUUGAAGUAGUAUUUUUGUUGUUUUGUAAUCUACUGCGCUGUGGGGACAGGAUUGUUUGAGAAAGUCUUUGUGACGUUCAAGACUUGAAGAAUUGAAGUGUUUGUGAUGUGUUUUGUUAUACUAGUACGGUUAUAAAGUCUGUUAUCAGUGCGUCUGUAUUAAAAAUUAAUUUCAUUGGGAUUAUAUCUCUGUGGUCUAAAAUUUUGGUGGUAAUUCAUGAACCUAGAUCUAAUCACCGAGGAACAUAAUUAGUUUUUUAAAAGUUUAUAGUCAAUUAAAAAAAUAAAAGGUAGCCUACUUCUCGGCUGUAUCUUUGUUACUGAUUUCUCAAAAUGGGGAGUACUGAAGUUUUGAGUAGGACACUUUCUAGUGAAGCAAUAGAAGACGAAGAAAACGAUGAAAUUUCGGUGGGAUGUGCUGACACAUUCACCGAUCCAACCAGGGGAGGACAUCGAUUUAUUGCUUUGAUUCUUAUGUGUUUAAUUGGAUUUGGAUCAUACUUUUGCUAUGACAACCCAGCAGCUUUGCAAGAUGCUUUUAUAGAUGACAUGACUCUGAGUACGACUGAAUUUGUAUAUCUAUAUUCAUGGUAUUCAUGGCCAAACAUUGUAUUAUGCUUUAUUGGAGGAUUUCUCCUAGACAGGGUGUUCGGUAUCCAGUAUGGAACCGUAUUCUACACAACUCUUGUUGUUAUUGGCCAGUUGAUUUUUGCAGCCGGCGCCUUCACCAAUAAAUUUUGGCUAACGGUCUUCGGCCGGUUCAUUUUCGGGAUCGGUGGAGAGUCACUGGCCGUUGCUCAAAACACGUACGCCGUUUUGUGGUUCAAAGGAAGGGAGCUGAACAUGGUGUUUGGACUGCAGCUGAGUUUCGCUAGAGUCGGAUCUUCGGUCAACUUCUAUGUCAUGGAACCAUUGUAUGCAUUCGUCAACAGAUACUUCCACGGACACGAGUGUCUAGGAAUCGUAUUAACCAUAGCUUGCUGCUCGUGUGCUAUGUCAAUGUUGUGUGCAAUCAUUCUGGGAUGGAUGGACAAGAGAGCCGAAAAAGCUCUAAAGCGGAACGAAAAUAAGUCGGACGAAGUUGUCCACCUAACAGAUGUCAAAGACUUCACGUUCGUUUUCUGGUUGAUUGCUGCUAUCUGUGUUCUGUACUACGUCGCCAUUUUCCCCUUCAUAGCCUUGGGAAAAGUGUUUUUCAUGAAGAAGUAUGAAAUGAACGCAGUGGACGCGAACUGGGUGAACGGCAUUCUGUACUUGAUAUCAGCGGUAGCCUCGCCCUUGCUUGGCCUCAUGGUUGACAAAGUCGGAUACAACGUGUUCUGGGUGUUUGUCUCAAUUGUCAUGACCAUUGUCUGUCACGCAUUCUUGGCUUUCACAUUCUACAAUCCGCUCAAUAUUAUGAUUAUGAUGGGAGUUUCAUACUCUCUUCUCGCUAGCGCUCUUUGGCCAAUGAUAGCUUUCAUUAUUCCCGAAUAUCAGUUGGGAACAGCUUAUGGGAUGGCACAAGCCUUGCAGAAUGGUGGCCUUGCAAUCAGCAUUCUGGGAGCUGGAAUGAUUGUAGACAGCAGUGGUUACUUUGUUCUCGAACUAUUCUUCCUCAUCUGCCUUUUCUUUGCACUCGUGGUAACAAUAAUUAUUUGGCUGUAUGAUGGAAGCAAGAAGAAUAUUCUCAAUAUGUCAGCAACUGAACGACUGAUUUACGAACGGGAACGCAUGGCCGCCGAUCUAUUGGAGCGUGAAAAGCUACUGGCCUCCAGCUCUGGAGUUUCUCCGUACGAUUUACUCCAGCCUCAUUCCGACUUCCACAUCAGAAACCGUUAUCUGAGUAGAAUCGGUGCUAAUUUGCCAUCUCAUCUUGCAUCGCACAACAAAGGACUUGCCUACCGUGGACUUAGAUGAUUCGUGGGUUCAAUCACUUCUUCUCUGUUGAACAUUAGGAAGGAGCAGCAAGGAUAUUCACUGGCUGAAACUUGAUUUGAUUGUAAAGUCUGUCAGCGAUGCGACAACACUGUGAUAUUCAUCGUUACUACGUUUAUUGUACUUGUUGAAAGGUAUAAAACUUUAUAUAUGUGAAGGAUCAGAACUAUUUGUCAAGUGAGAGGUUGUAUUGAUCUUAAGUAAUGAUUAUUUGUAGAUCGCAAAUUAAUCGGUCAUGAGUAUGGUUAGUCUCUUUAUAAGAAUAUAUUAUGAUUAUCAAGUGAUCUGAUUAAAUAAAUGUUAGAUAAGAGAGUUUAAUUGAACUCAUUUUAGAGUUAACCAGGAGACAAUAUAAGAGAAUGAAAAUCUCAAUUCUUAUUGAAUAAAUAAACGCUGUAUUUUUUAUUUAAAGACUCAUCGAUCCUCAUUGAGCUGAAUAAAGAAUUUGUCUAAAAUCAAAUUAGCAUAAAUUAAUUAUAUUAGAAUAAGUAUCAGACACUCUUGUAUCGUUGACAUAACAUAUUGACGUUAAUGACUGUAAGUGAAUUUCAAAAAUAAAUCCUAUAAAUAAUCUAAAAAUACUUUAAUCUCAAUUAUUUAAUAUAUUUUUCAUAAAUUUAUUAUCUUUGACAUUUGAAAAAAUAGUGAAACGUUAAAAUCCAUCAAAUUUAAUAAAAUUGACGAUUUCUCUUGGCAAUUACUUGGUAUAAAAUUAUAGAAAAGCUGAAAAAUGUCAGGAAGUACAGUUUUUAUGUCAUAAACUAUAUAAAUUCUUGCCAUGUUAUUAUAUAUCAUUAGAGAGUAUUUAAUUCAGACUAAAAACCUGAAUUAAUUCGAUAUUCGCACUGUAUUGAGUAAGUGUUUUAACGUGAACGUGCAAUAAUUAUAUUUUCAAAUGAAUAUUUAUUACUAAAUAAUGAGUAUAGUUCAACUUCAAGUCAUUAUUCCUAUCAAUAAGUCUAUAUAUUAUCAAUAAGUCUACAUAUUCAUAAAUAAAAUAAUCCAUAUACUUCUGUUCAUGAACAUAGACUAAAAUAAUUUAAUGUGAUUGUGAUUGUUUCUAUAGAAGAGAUUAGGCAGCUUGUUAACUUGAACUGUUGACAUAAUAAUAAUUAUAUAAUAAUUACAUAAUAAUAAUAAUUGCAUCUUGAAGUAGGUAUAGAUUUAUCCAGACUUUUCAAAAAUUAUCAAAAGUAUUAAGUAACGUAUCAUGUCCUCUACAAGUUUCACCAUAUAAGUAACGCAUGUUCUUGUAAAAAUGAUUGGUCCAAUGCAUGCUGAAAUUCAUCAAUGCAUUCUCGAUUAUCAAUUUUUCAUUUUAGAUUUAUUUAUUCUAUAAAAUUCUAUCAACUAUUAAUAAGUUGUUCGUGAUUCAUUAAAUGUAAAUGACAAACAUAGUAUUUAGCCCAGUCAACGAAGGGUUAUAGAGGGAAAAGUUUGGAAGACAAUUUUUGACUUUGACUAGUCUUGAAGUGUGUAAACUCAUUUCAAUAAUAUUCUUCAAUAAAACUGAAGUCAUGGUUUUACUGGGGUCCCAAUAAGAUCCAAAACAGUUAAUUAUUAUUACACGAAAAUCGAAAUUAAAUGCUGAAAUCCACCCGAAGACUUCUGCUACUGCAAAUAUUGACAAGAGGAAAGAUGGAAACUCGAUGAGCGUUUAGUCCCAAAUUCAAAUUUCCAAUAUGUUUCAAUAAAUCCUUAGAGAACAGGUUUUGUAACUGCACUCACUACAAGCGAAAGGCUUUUCACCAGUGUGGAUUCUUAUAUGUUUUGAUAAAUCACCAUCAGUGAAGCUUUUGUAAGUACACUCAGUUCAGUGGAAAUAUCUAUCUCUUGGACCAACAGUGUGAAUUGUUCGUGUUUCCUUCAACGGUAACGCAGAGAAAAUGUGGAAUGACAUAUCUCACAACUAAAAUUUCCCUGUAUCUCUUGUAUUUCUCGCCUGUGUGGAUUCUCAUAUGUCUGGUCAAAUCAACAGAAUCAGAGAACUUGGACUCGCAAAUAGUACAGGCAUAUGGCUUUUCCCCAGUAUGCUUUCUAUAAUGCCUUUUCAAGCGUUCUUUUUGAGCACACUUGUAAUCACAUUCAAAGGGCUUUUCACCAGUAUGAAUCCUGUAAUGUUUUUCAAAUGUAUUCCUAUUUGGUGUCGCAUAUUGACAAAUUUCACAAAUAUGUUAAAAAUUAUUUCACAAUAUUAGAGUAAAAAUCAGACCAUAGAAUUUUUCAUAAUAAAUAAGCUGACAAGUGAUUACACAGAUGUGUGGAGAAGCCAGUCUAUUGCUGUAUUUCCAUAAGGUCUAUAGUUUCAAUCAGAUACUCUUGUGGAUGAGAAUACUGCGUGUGGUCUACUGUUCACAGAACUACUAGUCUAUCAAAACAUAAAAAAAUGCACUCUAGUGUGAAGCCUUUCUGUUGUGAUAUUUGUGGUUAUCGAAGCAUUCGUUUGAACCACUUGAAACAGCACAUCAGGACGCACACUGGCGAAAAACCUUACAGCUGCAUCGAAUGUGGUCAGAAAUUUACUACAUCUAGUUGUUUGAACCAUCAUAGCAAAACCAAACAUGUAGCCAAUGAUAAGGGUUCCAAUUCAUAAACAUACAUACAAAACGAACAUACCAAUUCUACCACCAUGCAAUUUAAUUUAUUUUAAUUACACCAAUUACAGCAUUUAGUUUGGAUUUUUGUUUAAUAAUAAUAAUUAUCAAUUCAUUAGCAUUUGAAUAAUUGCAAUAUCUCAGUAAUUUCCAUCUGUAUCCAAAAUAGUACUCAAUGUUAGAAUGAGUGCUCGAGCAGGUGUCUCAUUAUCGAAAUUUGGGCUGCAAUAUCACAUUUCAAGAAGAUCAAGACCUAUAAGAGUAUUAAGAUCAAUAAAUUCCGUGCAAUAUGUGGUACAGUACUAAUUAAUCGCACCUUCAGAUUUAAAGCCUGAAGAGAGAGUAAGGUCAUGGCAGUACCUGUACUGUUGUUUGGUUUGGAAGCGAGGGUUCCAAAAAAAGGAUUUGAUCAGAAUGCAAGCAGCAGAAAUUAGAUUUCUAUAAUCUAGUUUUACUUUAUAAUAAUAAGAAAAAAACUUGAAAACAUUGAAGAACGGUGUUCGCAUUUUAGAAUAAACUCUUGUCUACAACUGGACUGACUGAAGGGAAUAAUUUUCCCCUUUAUGCACAACCACCACUCAGGGGGGUGACAGGUUUUAACAAGAAGUAGUCAUGUCUGAACUUGAAUGUCGAUAUUGAGAAGGGUGCAAAGUUAUCUUUUUCCUUUUUUAUAGGAAUUUGAUCUAUUGUCCGACAAAAAUAUAAUUAUUAUAGAGAAAGCUAUUUUACAAUCCUUUGUUCAAGUCGACUUACAGUACAAAUGAAUGCUAUCUGUUCUCUCUUCCUACUCCACUAGUCUACACUUAUUUUUUAAAUUAAU